GUGACCCCCUUUUCUCGCUCGCGGCUCGCCUUACUUUUCGACGUGAUUGAAAACGGCUUGUGAAACGAGUGGGUCUUAUUCAUAGUAUUGAUGACUAUUGUUAAAACUUUUCUCAAAAUAUUUAAUAUUGAAUCGAAUCCAUCAUAAGUGCAAAAUGUCAAAACAAAUAGAAGCCAGCUCUGAAUUGAAUGUGGAUCAGUGCACUUUUACGUGGACAAUCAGUGAUUAUAGUUCAAUUGUUAAAGUGCCAGGUUAUUAUUUGUGGUCACCCCAAUUUAACUUCGGCAAUGAUGUUAACAAAACAUUUUCCUUGAUAUUAUACCCAGGAGGGUAUGACGAAAGUUGCAAGGAAUUUAUAUCAUUAUUCUUGAGUCGUUCACUUUGUGGAUUGAGUAUCCAAACGCGAGAAUUUUGUACGAAAUUCAAUGGUACAAUUAACCAUUGUGGUUCUGCAAAGUUUUUAAGAAAAAACAAUUAUCAUAUUAACAACUGCAUGAUUAUCCGCUGUCAGUUAUUAAUUACUGAAGAUACAUCAAUUUACUCAAAUUUCAGUAUUGAUAAACAUGAAAUUACUGAUAAACUGCAAUUGGACUCAUUGUUUCUUAGUGAAGAGUUCAGUGAUAUUAAAUUAGAAAUUGACAAUGAAGAAGAUAUCCCAGCACACAAAUAUAUACUUGCAGUGGCUAGUCCAGUAUUUAGGGCCAUGUUUACUCAUGAUAUGUUGGAAAACAAAAACAAUUCUGUUCAGAUAAUUGACACUCCUCGAAAUAUUCUAGUUGAAAUGUUGCGAUACAUCUACACAGGUGAAAUUGAAACAACAGAACCAGAUACUAUUCUUCAACUUCUACCAGUGGCUGACAAAUAUCAAAUUAACAAUUUGAAAAUCAAGUGUGGAAAAAUAUUAUGUGCUAAUUUAUCCAAGAAAAAUGCAAUUGAUUUUCUAGUAGCGUCUUAUAAAUAUAAUGUAAAGUAUUUAAAAGAAGAAGUUACCAACUAUGUAAUAGCUGACAUAUCAUCAUUUAUUAAUACUGAAGAGAUGAAGAAUAUGGAUGAUUCUAUUAUAUUUAUAAACUUAAUACAAUCAAUGAUAAAAUCCAAAUAAAAUAUUUCGCAGUUUUUCUCAGGAUAGUUUACAAUAGUUUGAUGAAGUAAUUAUGUUUCUUGUAACUUAAUUAAUUUUAAUGUGUCACUCAUAUGAAAUUAUAAUUUUUUUCAACUACAUUUUAUUUACUUUUAAAAAUUAGCUUGGAAGUUAAAAAAAGUUUAAAUUUGAUAUCUUUAUUGAAAUUUACAUUACAUCUUAACUAUAAUCUUUAAACCCUUGUCACUUUUGUUAAAAAGCUUAUGUUCCAUAUUUACAAAAAGCAAUUGAUAGUGAUACAGUAAGUGUUUCAUAAUGAUAAUCAUUGGAUGUUAAAUAGUUUUAUGUCCAACAUGAAACUAAAAUUUUGCUAUAAGCUUGAAAUCAGUUACACAAUUUUGUAGUUAGAUCAUUGUAUAAACUAUUUCAAAUUUAUGAUUUAAUUGAAUUGACUAGUUUUUUUACACAAAAUGUAAUUAAU